UACAGCUUUGAUCUCAAACCUAUCUCCGGCGACCGCCGUCUUCUCCCCGAAUUCAACCGGUCCGCCAUAUUCCGCCGUCAGGUUAUAAGUUAUUAUCUGAAAAGAGCUUAGAAGAUCUUUCCUGGCUUAAGUUAUGGCGUCAAAACGCAUACUGAAGGAGCUCAAGGAUUUACAGAAGGACCCACCCACAUCAUGCAGCGCUGGCCCUGUUGCAGAAGAUAUGUUCCAUUGGCAAGCAACCAUUAUGGGGCCCACUGAUAGUCCCUAUGCUGGAGGUGUUUUCCUGGUUUCGAUUCACUUCCCUCCUGAUUACCCUUUUAAGCCUCCUAAGGUUGCUUUCCGGACUAAGGUCUUCCACCCUAACAUCAAUAGCAAUGGAAGUAUCUGCCUUGAUAUUCUUAAAGAGCAGUGGAGUCCAGCCUUGACCAUAUCCAAGGUCCUCUUGUCCAUCUGUUCCCUGUUGACUGAUCCAAACCCGGAUGAUCCGCUUGUGCCAGAAAUUGCUCACAUGUACAAGACUGACCGGGCCAAAUACGAGACCACGGCUCGGAGCUGGACUCAGAAGUAUGCUAUGGGGUGAUGAUGAAUGACAAAAAUGUUUGCUCCCCAAAUUCCUGUGACUUAAGUGUGCGCUUUUUGUGGCUUAUCUUUGCCGUCUUCGUUGGCUUUUGAUAUAAUUAUAAUAAGUUGUACCUUUGAAUCUUUGAUUUCAGGCGGCAGUCAUAAUGGCUCUUUUUAAUUUGUGAAUACUAAUUUAGACAUAAAUUCAUGCUAUGGAAAACUACUACUAUGUAUUGUACUAUGGUUUGUAAUCCUGGGUUUAUUAAUGAAUUAAUUCCCUGUUU